UGGCAGCAAGCCCGAGCACACGCACGUAAUCCGAGAACCAAAUGAACUUGGUGGAGGUGCGCGAAUGCGGGUAAAACUCGCGGAGGAUUAAACGAAAAUUCUGGAGCUGCAAGCUGUCGCAACGCAUUACCGGCAAAGGUGAAGCCACUGUUUGCCCCUGGUUUGUCUCGGAAUCGUGCUCUUUUUCGGGUCGUGCCGGCUUAGAGGUAAAGUAGUUUUGCCCUGUUAAUCUAAAUGCUAGGCGAAUUAUAAAAUAAGAGAUUGUUGUUCCCGACGAAGGUAACCCAUCAAGAUGAGUAUCGAAAGGCCAAUUCUGGCGAUUUUUCGAGGUCAAUAGAAUUCGAUAAAAUUCGCUGGCUACGUUCCUUUGCACGUCUCUGUCCUUUGUGCCAAAGUACAGGCUUGAGAGAUAUGGAGAUUGUUUACGAAUGAAUUUUAUAGUCUCCAAACACCCACCUGGCUUCCACAAUUAUUGGCAACAUUGUGAGUGUGACGUCAUUUAGGGCAAGGGGACGGAAGUGAUGCAGCUGAGAGUGCCACUACAGCGUCUGCUGUGCUGUCCCCAAGGCGACGGUGUUUGACCAGUGCUUCACUGGUUUGGCGUAUGAAUUUCAGUUCCCUGUAGACAGGCGUACGAUGGGCGGUAGGUGCUGUUGUGUUGUGGGUUGCACAAACUACACACGUAAGACGCACGGAGUUUGCUAUCACAACUUUCCAAGUGACAGUGCUCUCCGCGAGAAGUGGAUCAGUGCUAUAGGGCGCGACGGCUGGUUACCGAGCAAGUGGGCAUGCGUUUGUUCCGAUCAUUUCUCGCCAGAGUCCUACGAGGAUAGCGUUCACUUGAUGGAAGCUUUUGGGUUGUCGAAGCCGCACUUUUAUAGGCGCUUGAAGGCAGAUGCCGUGCCGACGGUGUUCAAAGAGUUGAGCCGGCUGCCACAAGCACGAGGAAAAACCAUCAAAAGGAAAGCGGAGGGAAGGCCUACCUACUGCAACACGUGCAAGAAAUCGACAAGAAAUGCACAGACGGCAACUAUACCGCCGUUAAAAGGGGGCGUGGACGUUGCCGUCGGGACCAAGAGACGCGCCGACUGCAAGUUGUGCAAGUCGACGCAGGCAUCGUUCGGACCUCUCAUGGUGGAUUGGUGGACGGACACAGCGGAUCUUGAAAAUUUACAAGACGCCAGCGCAGAUAGAAGAGAGCAGCCAGUACCAUUUGUGCACGGAUCAUCAGGUCUUCACGAGAGAAAACAGAGCCCUGGAGUUUCCGCGGUGCAUGAUAGUCAACUAGAUGGGCAGGAGGGUCCUGCAUCGGGCAGCAGCGACUUGUCACUGGACUCUGCAUACUUCGUGUCCACAGGACCAGAGGGUGACUCAGGGCGAAGAGCCGAGGUUGCUGUCGAUCGGACAAUACUUCCAAGGAACGUGUCCAAACCUGUCACCAUCGAGGUCUCAGCGAAUCCCCUCUACACGUGCGCGUUUUGUUUGACCGCGUUCGGUCACUUACGUGACCUUGCCGGCCACGUAGAGGCGUGUCCGUGGCCUGAGCCGUAUCUGUGCGGCCUGUGUUCCGAGCCGUGCAAGGACUGGAAGACGACGAGGGCCCACAUGAGCGCGCACGUCGGCAAGAGGUUGGCAUGUCCGUUUUGCCAGCGCAAGAUUUACAAGCUCAAGUACGACCUGGUGCAUCGUCACAUCAUGCUCCACGUCACCGUCCGCCAGUUCAUGUGUAGCCUGUGCCGAUCGGCGUUCCCAAGCAAAGAAGGCCUUCGAUCUCAUCAUUCCAUGUCGCGCUCAAAGGGGCUGUCGUGCAGGCACACCAAGCGCCGGCCACGUAAGGGCAAUGCAAGUUGUCCACGGCCCACUGUGUCGACUCAUCGAUGAGCGUUUGUUCAGGUGCAACAUAUGUACUUGUGCAACAUCCGAUCAUGUGUGAUAUCCGUUCAGGUGCAACAUUCGCUCAGCUGCGUUCAACAGUGGGCCAUCGCUUCAGCACCGCUCGGCCUAUCGCGAGGAUAAAAGACUGGCAGUGCUGGGAUCGAGCUGGACUAAACUGUACCCAAUGGCUACAAGGAGGGGCCGUUAAAAGUGCGCAUUUGGACGCAUGUCAGUUCGUCUUCAGUCAUUCAUCUUGCGUACGUUGAGGGCACGGAGGAACCGGACCAUUCACUCCAGUUCUCUUAAAAUAGGUACUGCCUGUGAUGCUUGUGUUAUUUGGUAUCGUCUUCAUUUGAUCAUAACUUGUAAUUACAUUCGCUCAUGAAUAUAUUUAACUUGUACAGAAGUCAUCAUAGCACAAAGAACACUGACAGAGGAAGGAAAGGAGGCCAACUUGACAGGAGCUUGGAAAAUAUUUUGACAGCAGUAACGUAGGAUACAAACACAGUUGUAUCAAAUGCUUAUCCGAUGCCGAUCUGGCAUCUUCACAUCACUUGACAGUUUUUUGAGAUUGUGAAAAGCAGGAGUACGAACUUUGAAUCCACCGUGUCAAAGGCAUGAGAGUUCACCUAUUUAUUUCCCACGAACGCCUCGUGGAACACUUGAACCAGGCCAGGUCACCUCUCACGUUGUCGAAACAGUGAGGUGGCCAUCUCUUUUAUUUCGAAUGACCGCAGGUAUUAAUGCUUUACAUUGUGGUAUUUGGUUCCUUUUGCUUAGUUUGUAUUCUUCAUGGUCAUUUGUGGCUGUGUUGCAAUGAAGCUUAUUAAAGAAAAUUGAUCAUCAUUAUAGUGUGCAGAUGAAGCCCUUGGCUUUGUCAGAAAAUGAUAUUUUAUUCUUUGUUUUUCUCCCAGUGCAUGUAGUUUCCAUCGGAGUCAGUUACUAAGGCGAAAAACUUAUGCGAGUUGCAAGUGAAGAAAACUCCAUCUGGCAGCAUGAAUACGUACAGUACGAAAAGGUAGGCCAGUUGUGCAGGCUGUGCAACACGGGAUGACAUGCAGACAGAAUCAAGGGCUGUGGGGGGGGGCUUAUAGCAGUAAGGGUAAGCCAAGUGAUUUAGAAGUUAUGAUCUAGGGAUUGAACCCAGACCAGGGACCAGACAAAUUGGUAGUGCGACCGCUCCGGAAAGGCGGUGCGAGGUUCCAUCCCCGGACCAGAGCAAAUUUUUUGGCAACUAAGAAUCUUUCUCUCCGAGAAAUCCGUAUGGAUCUCCAUGAGCUUAGAACUUGCUGCUGGGCUAGUUGGUGCAUAACUUCAAGAAAAAAAACCUAGACGCCUAAACACCACCAGCAGAAAUAAGAGGUGCAAGAAAAGGGCAUCACUCGCAACUGAUUUUUUUUUAAUGUUUCUUUUUUUUUUUGAAAAAAAAUAUGCGAUUGACGCUCUUUUCUUGUGCCUCUUCUUUCUGCUAGUCGUGUUUAAGUGUCUAGGUUUGUUCUCAAAAUCUUCUCAUACCUUUGUGCUACAAACGGU